AUGCCAGGCAGGAUAACAUGGUUGCCAAUCAAUCUCUCGGGACUGGACCAGGACAACGCCAGCCAAAUCGCCAGCUUCGCAAGAGUGGAGGCAGCAGAGCUUGCCUGCAAUGGAGCUACCAUCAUGGCCGCUCAGCAGCGUCGCACGGCCAUCUAUUCGGACAACGAGCGCCGACAUAUGUGCAGGUCUCUUGCUCAAAGCAUUCCACAUUCGACUGUAGACAGCGCCUUAGACAGCCUUGAGAGGGAGAGCCAUCGCACUAGACACCAUGGCCAGCUCCAAAUAGGGCCCUUCUCCGCCUUCUCCCUGCCGACUUCAGCUGCCUCUGGGGCCAAUCAGGCCACCGCCACGGCCUCCUCUCGUACCCCAGCAGACUUGUCAACCCCCGUCGGCAAAGCUACCUCCACGUCGUCGAGCAGCGCGGUGACUCCGCCCCAAGAUGCAAUCCCAGACUCCCUCUCCCCAGUUUUGGUGGAUGCCGAGACCAUUGAAAGGACUAGUGGGACAUGUCCCAUUGUCUUUCCCGACUUUCUUAGCAAUGACACCUGGCAGCCAUUCAUGUGGCCCCAGCAGGACGUUCUGGACAUGCAUGUUCCAGACAUGGCUGAAUCGACUCUUGACCCCGGAGGUUUGGACUUCCUUGACCAACAGGAAGGCGACGAGGCUGAUAACCCUGAGGAUAUUGGGGCUGAGGGGGGACUGAGCAUGCCAAUCAACCUGAGUACCGAGUCGUCCAUGCGACCAGACAAUCCCGCAGCGGUAGCUAGCGCCAUGCCCUCUCCGGACCACUUGUUCUCGUUCCAUUCGCUAGAUACCUCCGAUGUCAUACCAGACGAUGCAAGGUUUUUGCUAGAGCACUACAAGUUUCACCACCUCAAGAUGUUCUCACCAAUCUGGAACCACAAAUCUCCUUGGAGGAUCAUGCAUUUACCCACUGCUCUCCAGACGUUUACCACCCUACUCUUAACGGGUAACGACACUUACAUCAGAACAUCCAUCUUCUAUUCCGUCAUGGCUGUCAGCGCUUUCACAGCAGAUCGCUUGUCGUCCACUGCAGCACUUCCCUCACGCUGGAAUGAUGCAGGUUGCCGUUAUCAUCUGCGUGCCAGGGCAUACCUUCAGAUGGGACUGAAGACAGAAAUCGUCGGAACUAAGAAGGUCAAGUAUAAAGAAAUGCUCAUGGCCUUUCUGGGUAUGAUUACCCUCUGUAUCGUGAGCGGCCGCUUCCUCGAUGCCCAGCCGUUUCUGUUUGACCUAGAGAAUUUAAUCUAUUCUUGGGGCUGCAGGAAGACGAGGAUCUCGCGCAAGGUUGCAAUGCUUCAUAACAUAUUUCUCUACAUCAAGACAUUGCAGGAAACUACUGGUCUUCCGAGGCUGGGCGGCAAAGUUCAAGAUCUUCGCUCUGAAGCCCACUACCCCCGACUUGUAGAAAACUUAUUUCUGUAUGAGAAUUCCGAGGAUCACCACCGAACGGGCGGCAACGGCACCAAGACCCUCGAGUCUGCUAUGUUCGAACGCAUCUAUGGAGUUCCCUUUUCUCUGAUAUGCCUUAUCUCACGUGUCACAGCUCUGGAAAGGCGGGUGACUGGUAUGCACGACAAAUUUACCCUGGAUCACCUGCAGAAUGAAGAGAUCCGAAAGCUCGAGACCGAUAUCUGUGAGUGGGUAAACCCCUUUUCUUCGCCAACAUGCGACGAGGAUCCUGCCAGCCUGCCCUCGGGUGGACGGCGAGAGACAGCAAUAAACCAGUUGGUCAUGAGGGGCCUCGUCGGAGCGCUACACCAUGCCGUCCUGAUCUUCUUCUACCGACGUAUACUCGACGUGCAUCCGUACACCCUCCAGCCGUAUGUGCGACUCGCCAUCAGCGAUCUCGUCGACUAUGAGGAGAAGAAAGCAAAAGCCAGGAGGACCGGCGGCAGAUCACACGCUGAGGGCAGAAGGCGAGGCUUCCAGUGA